CCCACCACCAUUUUCCACACCAAUUUUCCUUCAAUACUGAACCAGCCGUGACACCAAUGCAAGAGGAGGCACAGUACAGGCCGAAGCGAGCAAAUCUGCGUGUGCUCCAAGAAUUAGCUCUGUACUCGCUCGUGCCUCGGAGCAAUAUAUAAUAUAAAGAGGUGUGAGACAAGUGUGCUUUAGAGAAGAGGGGAGGCAAGGCAAGGCAAGGCUUCCCUUUCUCACCAAACUUAACAGACGGACGAGGGCGGAAAGGCCUCUGGCGCAGUAAUUCGGAUGCCAGCUAAUGAGAGGGACCGGAAUUACUGUUGCCGUUGUGCCCUGGCUCUUUUACGGUUAGAGAUCUAUUGACAGAAGUGGGGAGGAGAUGGUGAUGGUGGAGUGUUGGCGGCUAUAUGGUGCUGCUUGUAGAGUCCGCCAGCGACAUGUUGCCUGAGCUGGGAGGCAUUGUACAGGGAGCUGCAUCUUCGUUGGGGAAGGAAGGUGGAGGAGGGAGAUAGAGAACUGGACUGACACGAAGAGGAAGGAGUUGACCUUCACCAAUGAUUUGUCGUCCUGAAAGGAUUUGCUCUGUGACAUGGGAUGAAGGAAGGCAGAUCAUAAACAUCGGUGAUCAGAUUUGUCAUUAACCUAUUUCAGUCAGAACAUUGGACCUCGAGUGGUCUCUGCAUGCGUUAAGCUUCUCGCAUCCGGAGAAGCUUAAUGCAGUAAUUUGGAUCGCUCGUCCUCUUGUUGAGGACAAAGAUCUGCAAGAAGCGACGGAGUGAAGGAAGAGGGUGGAAACUUGACUGGGGCUUUUGCAGAGUGUAAUGGCUCGCUGGCUGCAGGAGGACAUGGCAGUUUUAGCAGCUCGAAAUUUUUAGAUAUUUAGAUAGAUAGACAGACAGACAGACAGGUGAAUAUACUAGAAGAAGACUCGCUCGCCCAAUUUUUCAGUCCACAUGGAGAGGGUGCUGAAAUCCGCGCGGGCUUCUGGUUCACUCAAUCUGUCCAAUCGCUCUCUCAAAGAGGUUCCUCCAGACGUGUACAAGAUGCUGGACACCGUGGGCACGGACGAGAAAUGGUGGGAGGUUGUAGAGCUGCAAAAGUUGAUUCUGGCACACAACAACAUUACGGUGCUCUCAGAAGAUUUGGGAAAAAUUACUUCUCUAACUCUUCUGAAUGUCAGUCACAACCAGCUGACGUCGCUCCCUGCAGCUAUUUCCGAGCUGAGCUUACUGAAGGUCAUCGACAUCUCUCAUAAUAAAAUUGCUGAAUUGCCCUCGGAGAUCGGGGCCGUCGUCUCUCUCACGAGACUCCAUUGUGCUAGCAACCUGAUGGCCUCUUUACCACCAAGUCUUGGCAACCUCAAGAACUUGGUAGAGUUAAAGGUGCCAAACAACUCAUUAACAGAGUUACCAGAGGAGCUGUGUCAAUGCUCGCGACUUACUGUCUUAGACUUGGAGGGUAAUAAGCUUACGCAGAUCCCAGAUAAUAUCCUUGGCAACUUCAGCAAUCUCACAGAGUUGAAUGCGUCGAAGAAUUUCUUGAAGGGAAUACCCUCAGAUGUUGGACAACUGAAGAAGCUCAUCCGCCUGGAUGUACAUCAAAACCGUAUUACUGAUGUACCACCAUCACUGGCUGGAUGUACAGGACUUAUCGAGUUAUUUCUGGGAGACAACAAUCUAACCAGCAUACCGGUAGAGAUGAAAAGCCUUGGUGCUUUGAGUACACUCGAUUUACAUGCAAAUCAGUUGAAAGAACUUCCAAAAGAGCUUUGUGAGCUUCAGCUUUCAGUGUUAGACGUAUCGAACAACAACUUAUCGGGCCUGCCUGCAGAACUAGGAAAUAUGAGCUCCUUGAGGAAACUCGUCCUCGUAGGGAAUCCCUUGAGGUCGUUAAGGAGCACUCUCGUUUCAGGUCCUACACCUGCAUUGCUGAAGUUUCUCCGGAGUAGACUGCAGGAUGAAGAGAGUGAAGCGAAGAUGAGUGCUCCCGUAUCUGGAAAUAUCUUUGUGACAGAUGUGCCAGAUCAAGUUGUUUAUGCGGCACGACAGGCUGCAGCAACUAAGGUUCUUUCACUCUCUGGAAAGAGCCUAGCAUCUGUUCCACAAGCAGCGUGGGAGUCAGACUCGCUCACUAGUCUUGAUCUUUCCCGAAAUCAGAUCAAGGACUUGCCAAGUGAACUAUCGAAUUGCACAUCGUUGGAGGUUCUUUUGGUGCCGGACAACAAGAUCGAAGAAUGGCCUGCACAGACUCUUGCGUCCCUACCUCGUCUUCGUCAGCUCGUGUUGGCUCGAAAUCCGCUCCGCAACAUCCCAAGCGGAGCAUUCGGUUCUGUGGAAAAAUUGAAAAUCUUGGACUUGAGUGGGAUAUCUGGCCAACUACCGCCUGCUCCUGCAUUCUCGUUGAUGCCUCUUUUGGAAGAACUCCGUUUAAGUCGUCUGCGGUUGAGGGAGAUCCCAUCCGAUAUUCCUGAAAUGCUGGGUUUGAGAAUUUUGGACCUGAGUGAAAAUUCUCUAACAACUGUUCCGGAGACGCUGUCCCAACUCACGAAAUUGGAGGAGCUUGAUCUUGCCAAUAACAAUAUCACAACCUUAUCCCCAAAACUUGGCUUGUUGGAACCAACCAUGCGGAGCCUGAAGCUGGAAGGAAAUCCAUUGCGAAGCAUAAGGAGACCGAUCUUGGAUCGAGGAACAAAAGCCGUCCUCCAGUAUUUAAGAGAUGUGAAAUUGGCCUAAUUUGAGAUAGGUGAAAUUUGGUUACUCAUAUGAUUAAUGCUUGUUAGACGUGUGCGAUUUGAAGUGAAAAAUAAUAUACAAAAAUCAUCAGUUUGAUAAUGGAUGUAACAAUUUUCCAUAUGAGGAUAAGAAGCUCAAAUCAGUACAGGUAACUCACAUAUCUUAAUCAGUUCCAAAUUUAUGGUCUACAAUCAUAUUGUCAAUUGUGCGAUGUCACCUCACAGCUCAGGGUUUGGAAUUUCUCACCAUGCUCGUGAUCACACCCAUUAAACAAAUGCAAUGUGAAUGGAAAGCAGCGGACCAGCUCGGGGUCUACUACUUCUGAUCUGUUGUGAGCGAACACCACGAAAGUCCAGGUUUCGAUUGUUGUCCAUGUAAAGGAAUUCGUUGGUAUCUCAACCAUGGGACAUAAAAAAAACUCUUCUCGUUAGUUUCUGCACGGCCUCCAUUGCCUAAAGGCCACGGCCCGUCCUGUCACUUGUCUGGUCGGCUCAGAGGUUGCAAUGCUUCCAUAGAAGUAACGAAAUGAACGGCAGCGAGCAGCUUUGCUCGUCGAUAAAAAGGAGCUCGACCACUGGCACAAAGGCAGCUCUCUCGAGCGCAUGCCAACUUCGAACUCACGAUGACAGUCGCAAUUACAGGCAAGUCGUGGAUAGAUCGAUCGAUCUUCAGACGACAUUCUGCAACAUGAAACCUCAAACCGUCAAGAGGACCAGUAAGCACCGAGUUUACAAACCCUCAUCGACCACGAACGGAGCAACCUCCAUGUCCACAGAUCGGAAGGGAUUGCGGAGAUGGUU